AUGCCAGACCCAGAACCGCUUAACGACGAGCUCUUGCGGGAUCCUUAUGAAGUCCUGGGAGUCAGUCGCACAGCCACCGAGCAGGAGAUCAAGACAGCUUAUCGGAAGCUGGCACUGGCGCAUCACCCUGACAAGAACCAGGGGGAGACAGCCGAGAGCGCAGCCGAGAAGUUCAAGGAGAUCGCCACAGCCCACAGCAUCCUGGGCGAUCCAGAGAAGCGGCGACGCUAUGACGCAGGGGGCUUUGGCAGCCUGCAGAAGAGCGAUCUGGAGAUGGAGGUGGACCUGAGCAGCCUGGGCACUUUUUCUACAGCCAUGGCCGCCAUGUUCUCAAAACUGGGCGUCCCCAUCAAGACCGCCGUGCCCCCCAUGGUGCUUGAGGCGGCGUACACAGGCAACUUUGAGGCGGCGCCACUGCGGUUCGGUGAGGCCAUAUCCAACCGCGUGGAGAAGGCCGGCUGCCAAUACUACACGCUGGACCUCACCCAGCGCCACAUAGACCAGGGGUUUGUAAUCGGCGCGCACUCGGUUGCAGGCUCCAAGUUCAAGCUGCUCAUGUUUGAGGCGACGGAGGAGGGCCAAUGGGAAAUGCUGCUGCAGGAAGACAGCAUCAAGGUGCGGAAGAACACGCAGAUUGCUGGACUCUAUUUCCUGCAGUGCGAGACGUACCACAUCGGCCCCAGGCCCUCCGCCCUGGACACUGCAGACUACCCAGAAAACAUGCUCUUCAAGCGGUUGGAGUCGAUGCAGCCGCGCGAGAAGCCGCUGCAGCUGCGCGCCGGCAAGCUUCUGCUGGCAGUCUACGGUGACAAUUGGUUCAACCGUGUGCGCUACACAAUAGAGGCCGUGCUGCCGGCACCUGCCGCCGCCAGCAAGGCGGCUGACAUCAGCGGCAGGGCCAGGGAGGGAACGUCCAGCGCGGGCGCGCUGGGGGUGUCGAUUGAAAAAGUCACGAGGGUGGAGGGGGAGUUGCUAACACGGAGGGAGGCGCUGCGGGGUUUUGAGCGGGAAUACCGGCAGACACAGAUGGCGUACCUUGAGGCAGUGGAGAGGUUUGGGAAGAUGAAGGACGAGGUGGAAGGGCUGCUCUCAGAGAGGGACGAGGCCUACCUAGAGCUCCUCGCAGUCCCAGACACUGCCGGCACAGCUGGGACAGGACCGGCGGCUGAGGACGGCGGUCACUUGGCAGCAGGCAGCAGUGCAGAGGCAGACAAGCCUUUCAGCCGAAGGAUUCUGGAGGGUAUCUGGGGGCCGCGGCGGCAAUAG